AUGUUUCAAGUCAACUCGCUGUCAUCAACAUCCAGCGACACUCCGGUGUUUCAAGAAACUCGCUGUCAUCAAAUUCCAGUGAAACUCAGGCGAAUCAAAUCCAACUCACUGUCAUCCAGCGUAACUCCGGCGUUUCAAGUCAACUCGCUGUCAUCAAAUUCUAGUGAAACUCUAGCAAUUCAAAGCAAAUUCACUGCCAUCCAGCGAAACUCCGACGAUUCAAAGCCAACUCGUUGUCAUCCACAUUUCAUCCCAUCGACAACAUCCUCUUCAAUCUCUUCCCAAGGCUAUAUUACACCCCUCUAUGUUACAUCCCACAAUCAUGUGACUUACAUACUAACCAAGUCGAUUCGACGGAGUAUGUGCAUAAGGACGACGCGUAUGGGAUCUCCAAAAUCCCCGGAGGAGAAUAUGAUGACUCCCAGGACAAUUAGGUCAGCAGCAGAAUUAGUGGGAGAGAUUGAUACGAGUGCUCCCUUCCAAUCUGUCAAGGCUGCUGUUAACAUAUUUGCUGGUGCUUCUGAUGGAACUAACAACUCCUCUUCUCCUCGUCUUAUAACUACUACACCAAAAACCAAGUGGACACCAACAUCCGACGAGAGAGUGCUUGAAAAAGAAAGCCAAAUGCUUUUCGCCCUCAAAGAAGUCGACAAUUACAAACAACAUCUGAAAAGCGCAGAAAUAUCCAAAACCCAAACCACCCGCGAGCUUCAAAAGGCCAACAGUACGCUCCAGGAGCUCCAGCACAAACUCGAUGCCGCUAACCAAUCCAGACUCGCGGCAAUUGAAACCACACAACUCUCCAACAAUUUGGCUCGAGACCUCAAAGAUGAUACUUCUGCUGCUGCUGCUGCUGCCCGUGCUAGUUCUACUGCUGGUCCCCACGACUUCAAACAUAAUCUCGAUCAUGUCAGACAAAACUACAAGCUUUCUUCCUUAGACUUGAUUGCAGCAAAACAACAGCUCACUCAAAUUAAAGAAAACUUUGAUGCUGCCUCCCUUAAAAAGUUUGCUGCUUUUAAGAAAAUGACCGAUGCCCAACAGCAAAAAGAGGCUAAUUUCCAAAGACUAAAGAAGCUCACCAAUCAACUUGAAACUGUCAAGGAAGCUCUCAAUCAAGUCAAGCUUGCCUCUUUACAGACCAGAGAAGAGCACGCUAGAGCCGUCUUAGAGAAAGAAGCCGAGCUCAACUAUUUGAAACAGACCAAGAAGGAAAAGGAUAACAAACUACUCGCUCUAAGAGAAGAAGCUCAUCAUCUUCAAAGAGAUGGUGGUGGUGGUAUUGAUCAAGAAGAAGACCUCAAGGCAGCCCUUCGAGAAACAACACAAGGGAUUGUUGUUCUUCAGGAGCAGCUGAAGAACGCUGGACAAACGGAUUUGGAAUCUUUGAGAAUGAAGAAACUGUUGCAAGGACUGGAAGAGGAAGAGGAUUCAAUUCGGAGCUUAGUAAACUCUUUGAAAGAAGAACUUAACGGUCUUGUGCAUGAGAGUUCCGAAUUCAAGAACAAGGCUGAAGAAUCUGAAUCAAUUGCAGAGAGCAUGAGAGCGGAAUUGGAGCGAACCAAAGCUCAUCUAGAGGCUGCUCUGGCCACAGAAACAAUAACCGAGCAGGAUUCCACUAGUCGAGAAACGCGUUACAGCAUUCAACGGCUGUUACAAGAAGCAGAAAUCGCAAGACAAGAAGCCGAAGAAACUAUUCGAAAUGCCAAACAGUUGAAUCGAGAGGCAGAAAAUGGGAGGAUUGUAACCAAGGAAAUGGAAGGAAAACUCCAACUUGCUCUAAAAGAUGCCAAUUUUGCCAGGGCUAUAGAGAAGCUUGUGGGAGAUCGAAUCCACGAGGCAUCUUCUCCAAGGGCUGAAGCCCACUCUAAGAAGCCAGAAAUGAUCAGAUUAUCCGCAAAUGAAUUCAGAUCAUUACUUGAAAAAACAGAGGAAUUUAAAAGGUUGACUUCAGAAAAGGUGACCAAUGCGAUGGCACAGGUAGGAUCGUGCAAGAGCAAGGAGAGAGCAACGACGUUGAAGGUGGAGGUGGGCCUAAAUGAGAUUAAGGAGAUCAAGGACAUGGUAGAAGCUCUGAAGAAGGUGGACGAGGAUACGAGUGCAAAGAUAGUGAUCGAAAGUGAGUUACAGAACAAACGGAUAGAGAAAGGACAAACCGACUACUUGGGGGAAAGUUCUCACCACCAGUAG